AAACAUAGUAAUUCAAGUGUAUUUUUUCGACAAAUUCCAUUGAUAAAUUAAUCUAAGUUAAACUCGUGUGGAUACGCAACAGUAAGAAAUGAAACGUCUCCCGAGCGCAACAAACAUUGAGAAAGUGAAAGUUAGUACUGUUAAAUAAGAAUAAAAACUAAGAGUUAUAAAAAAAUUUCAGUAAUUUAUAUAUACAUAUAUUAAAAAAACAAAAGAAUAUAAAACAAGAAUUUUAUAAAUAUGAAAUAAAAACUUGUGCUAUUUAAACGCGAUUGCCACAAAAUGUACAACUCAAGACAGUUCCUGCCGACGUAGUAGGAAGCUCAAGCCAAAUAAAUGUGAAAAAAUAAAAUAUAAAAGAUAUAAAAAAUUUUGAAAUAAACUUUGAAGCAAACAAACUUCAACUUCCAGUAAUGGCGGAAAAGGACUUACGUGAACUUGUUGAUAUGUUAAGUGACACAUCCGCGACAGAUUUGGAAAACGUUUUUGCCAACUUUUCAACAGAAAUGUUGCACCGUGCUAGUGAUGCGUUCCAGAGUGGCACAAAUUUCGCUACCGAGUUUCUACUUGCUGCUGAUUCCUUCAUCAACAACACACUGGAGAGAAUUUGCUUGGAGCAACAGCAACGCGAUGCAGAACAACAUAAGCCAAAUGACUCAGCUACCAAUAUCCGGUUGCAUUCUGCGUUAGCAGCUGGCUGCCCCGUGUCAUUUGAUUCCGUACUUUGUUGGCCAAGAACACCACCUGGAAAAUUGGCGGUUCUUCCAUGUUUCGAAGAAUUUAAAGGAGUUCACUAUGAUACCACACAAAACGCUACACGUUAUUGCUUCCCGAAUGGUACUUGGGACAGUUACUCGAACUACGACAAAUGCCAUCAUGCACCUUCAAUGCCGGUACCAGAUUUCGCACCCAGUAUUGAGUUGCCCGCCUACAUAUACUGCUGUGGCUAUUUCAUAAGUUUUACAGCAUUAAUUUUAGCUUUAAUUGUUUUUCUCUGUUUUAAAGACUUGAAAUGCCUUCGAAAUACAAUUCAUGCGAAUUUAUUUUUAACUUACAUUUUAGCUGCUUUAUUAUGGAUCCUAACGCUUUUUUUGCAAGUUAUGACAGAUCAUGCCAGCCAAGCUGGUUGCAUCACAUUGGUAAUGAUGUUUCAUUACUUCAAUUUAACGAAUUUCUUUUGGAUGUUUGUAGAAGGUCUGUACUUGUACACUCUUGUAGUCCAGACAUUUUCUAGUGAGAAUAUAAGAUUUCUAAUGUACGCAUUUAUUGGUUGGGGUUGCCCAGCAAUUGUAGUAUUUCUUUGGUCCAUUGCCAAAGUUUAUGCGCCAAAUUUGGAAACAGAACAUUUUAAUGGCUUGGACAUUGACUGCUCUUGGAUGAGAGAAUCUAAAAUUGACUGGAUAUUUCAAGGUCCAGCAUCAUUGGUGUUAAUAUUGAAUUUAAUAUUUCUCUUACGUAUUAUGUGGGUGCUUAUCACAAAGUUGCGUUCAGCUAAUACACAUGAAACGCGCCAAUAUCACAAAGCAGCAAAAGCUUUAUUAGUCUUAAUACCAUUAUUCGGUAUAACCUAUUUACUUGUGCUGACAGGGCCAGAACAAGGUAUUAGUCGAAAUUUAUUUGAGAUUAUACGUGCAUUUCUCAUAAGCACACAGGGUUUCUUCGUGUCACUUUUCUUCUGCUUUCUCAACUCAGAGGUACGACAAACGUUGCGUCAUCGCUUUGACAGAUGGCGUGACAAUCGCAACAUAAGCCGUGGUAACUCCCAACGAAAUCGAAGAUAUCGCUUUUCUAAGGAUUAUUCACACAGAUCUAGGACAGAGAGCUUGCGGCUCACAUCUACGAGUCCAGUACCAACAGGUCAUAUGGAGUAACACACAGACACAUUACAUCUUCAUUUAACACAGAGGAGUACGUGAUUUCGGUACGUCCCUAGCGCAGCAGGUUUCUAAUGAAACGAAAUUCCAGCACUCGUACAGAAUUUGUUUGAGCGCAACUAAGAAUGAAAAAUAGAGUAAUUAAAUGCCCGCGAAGAUUCAAUACAUCAAUCAAUAUUGAAAUAACUACAUUCAUGUCAAUUCAUUAAAUAAAUAAUUUACAAAAUAAACAAAAACAAAGCACAUCAGAAAUGAGCACCCAACAGCAAAUCUGCUGAACUCCACCAUUCACAACAACAGUCAUUAAUAGGAAGUUUUCAAUACUCAUUACUAAGAUUUAAUGUCGUUAAUAUCGAAGAACCUAAUUGAAUUUAACUGCAGUAUGAAAUGCCAAAUUCCAUUUGAUGGACUUUUAGAAAUAAAAUGAAGUACAACUAACAAAAAUUGAAAAUAAUUACA